ACACUAUGUGGGACGGACUGCUCAUUUGGUAUAUGUACUUAAUCUGGGGAUACCGAUACGUUCGGGAAAGAAAACGUUGGUUUUGGCCGGUUGGGUAGGAUAUACAUCUCCAUCUCCAUCAAAAACUCCCUUUACUUUCCCUCGGGAUUUAGAUCUAAAGUAUCUCGAUCUAUCUGUACAAAACCCUCCGAUCACAAUAUUACUACCACCCACCUUUCAUCCAACCGACAAAAUGCCCCUCACCAAACGCAGCUGGGCCAGCGAAGAACCCGGCGUGAUUCUCGACUUUGUCGUGGUCUUCCUCGUCCUGUGUGGCAUCCUGGCGCUGAUCAUCCAAAAGGCGUGGCGGCACCGACAGGCGGAACGGGCGGAGUGGGAGGUUGAGGAGAUUCGGGAUGUGGAGAAGGGGAGUUGAUUCUGUUACUCGUUUUUCUUAGCUUCAGGUUAGUUAUGUGGGAAGAUGGUUACGGGGAUUCUGCGAUGAAUUAAUUGAUGGAUGGAAUGGAUAGACGAUAAUGGCAGUGGUCGUUUUAUUGCGGUUAUUAGUUUCAAGGGUUGAUGGGAAAAUAGC